GUCGCGGCGAGAACCACCAGCUGGAAACGGAUUGGGAAUAGGACUUGGCAUCGGAAUCGGAAUUGGAAUCGGAAGGGUCUCGAGUCGGAGUAGUGCGUGUGCGUGUGUGUGGAGUUUUGUGUGUGCGCGUGUGUGUGUGGCUGUGAAUCAAAAAGUUACACUUAAGAAAUAGAUCUCCCUCUCUCCACUCGUACAUCCGAUUUCGUAUACAAAAAACAUGUUCCGAGUGUCGGCAACAGCUUCAUUACUGCUGCUAAUCGUUGCGGUUGCGCAGGAAUUAAUUGUAACGGCUACGCAAGAUUUGCCCGAAGGCUUCCCCAAAUGUAAGCGAGAUGCAAACUUCGACAAGUGUCUGGUGGAUGCUGUCAAUAAGGCCAUAGUGUUGCUGAAAGAUGGCAAUAAAGAAUUCGGCAUACCGCCCCUGGAGCCGCUGUCCGUGAAGAAACUUGUUAUAGAUGCCGGCAAUGCGCCAAUAAAUCUACGUCAGGCCUUGAAGAACUUGAAGGUGCACGACAUGAUCUCCACCAGCAAGAUCCUGCGCUAUAGAACCGAUCUGGACAAGCAUUUGAUUAUCUGUGAAAGCCGAACGGAUCGCAUCGAGAUGAUCGGCGAAUACGAGAUGUCUGGUCGCAUCCUGCUCCUACCCAUCACCGGCCAUGGAAAGGCGAAUGUAACACUAGUCAACACCAAAAUCGAGCACCGUCUGAUAGGCGAGCCCUUCGAAAAGGAUGGCGUCAAGUACAUGCGCCUCAAGGAUUAUCGCGUUAGCUUUGAUCCGAAGCGUGUAUACGUGAACUUUGAGAAUCUCUUCAACGACAAGACCCUCUCCGAUGGCAUGAAUAGCUUUCUGAACGAGAACUGGGAGACAGUUUUCAACGAGCUAAAACCGGGCUAUGCCAAGAGCUUUGGCCUGAUAUUCCGCGAGUUGUCAAACAAACUGUUUGAGAAGGUACCCUUCGAUAAUAUAUUCUUAAGUUAAUGGUGAUUUUUGAGCAUCUAAUUUAUGUUACUAUUUAGUCAAUAAAGGAUUUUAUAACAUUUAAUAUAA